UGGUUGCCGCAAGCGCUUAGCGUACCCGAAAGGUCCCGGAUCUUGAGGCUGCUACCUUUUUUGGACUUUCUUCUUACCGUACGGCGCAGCCUCGCAGCAGCAACGCAACUCCGGGUCACCGGCGUCUCUUAACAUAGCUUAGAUACUAUCUAACAUCGUGUUAAUCGUCCAAGGCUCAGAGAGAUACGAUGUCGCAUCACGCCAGGUGAGAUUCUAGGGCUGCUGCAAUUCCUAGAUCUAGUUGAGCUCCUCGUGGUUUCAGCUUUAGUCCUCCUCCGGCGUACCAGCAACAUGCUUCAAUGCCACACACAUUCCAUCAUGAUCAUGCCCACCCAACUCUGCAAGGAAACACACACAAAGGACUGGCACAUGAUUGUCAUAGGCAUCACGUACAUAACCAUGGCUGCCAGCCCGCGAUGCACAUUGUGGUACCAACGAUCCCCGCUUCUCGAACCAUUAUUCAUUCCAGGUACAGCGAAUCCGAUCCUCUCCUUCGAACAGGAAGACGACGGAACGACGGCCCAGGAUGUUGCUUCUUCACAAUUCUCGGAGCUGUGCUCAUUUUGGGGGUGUUUGCUAUCGUUUUCUUCUCGUUUAUGCCCCUCAAUGAGAUUGCUUGGACCAAUAUUGAAUCUCAUUCCUGCACCACUUAUGGGACAAAGGAGUACGUAGCAGAGCUCAACGCGUCUCCUUGGAAGUCCCAUAGGAUGGAAAUCUGCAAGGCUACUCCGGUGUUUGUUCAUGGUCGGCCUCACUGGCCCUCCAGAUGCGAAGAUCGCUCAGGCACCGUGAUUGGACAUUUUGCCAUCAACCAUGACGAACCAGACUGUGUUACCUACUGGAGUGGGUAUAGGGAUAUGGGUUGUUCUGCUAAAGGCUCGAGGAAGAGGCACAUUGUGCAACGUCUCGAGAACUUGCCGUUCCUAGCAGACUAUAAGGAAUUUUGUGCAACGACCCCUGCUCAAUUCCUAGACCGGAAAUUCUCUGGUGCAGAAUCGUGCGAGAGUAGUAUUUGGGGUGUCUACGGACAGUGGUUUAUUGAUGACCAUACUUGUUGAAGCAAGUGACGAGCUCCAUCGUUUCUGGUAUUCAGCAGCUUUAUCUCUAUUUCUUAUCUCGUCAUCGUGUACUAUUUACUGAUGGGUCAAACUAUGCUUUGUGUGCUUACCGAUCGUGGCUUCGAUGAUAGUCAUUUUUGGAACCGUUGGAGUGCCUCAAACGAUAUCUGAAACCGUAGUACCAACUUGAUCAGGAAAAGCACUACGGCUGAAACCUCGCCAAGGUGAUUCCUCAAGGACUUUGGAUAUUUUCCGCGGACAUACAGUGAAUACGUUACCUUAUGUUGAUCUGCGACAUGCAUGGACGGAGGCCUAGCUAGGGUAGAUUGGAUAGAGAUAAACUUGAAUAUUUGAAUAUGCAUGUAUUAGGAGAACAAAUCGGAUUAGUCUGUUG